GGGACUAAGGAGCAGGCGCUGCGAUAACCGCACGCACCGAGCGUCCGACGCUGUCGGGGGGAUUUUAAAACCUUUUCUUUACCGCCGGAGCCGCGCUCCUCGGAUCUGCCGCGCCAAACACGGGAUUAUCAUUUCUUUAUUUGAAAUUUUAGCGUGAAGAUGUGAGGGUUUUACGCGCAUGAAGGAAAGCAAAAAAGGAUCACGGUCAUUAAAAAAAAAGGUGCAGCUGGACCCAGGCAGUGGACGGAAACAAAGCCAGGAGAAGGCGGCGAGGCGGAUAAAGAAGCGAGAAGAAAAGCCGCGGAGAGAAUGACGCUAAAGAGCUUCUGAGAGUGCACGUGCGAGCGAGAGAUGGAUGAGAGAAGUCCUUGAUGCGCAUGUUCGACCCAGGCCGGCUGGCAGCAGUGGCUGACGGUGACAUGCCGCCCGUGGCAGGAGAGCUUCUCGGCUGGAGUGCCAAACGUACAGCGCGCAGACCCCUCCCACGGUCCUUGUGGGACCGUGGCUCUCCAGCCAGGUCAAAGGUCGACUGCAGAAUGGUGCUGACCGGCCACCUGCCCUGCCUGGCCACUCUGCUCUCUCUGAGUGGCCUGCUGCUGUCUCCGCUGCUCAGUGGUUGCCUGGCCUUGUCUCAACCCACUUUUACGAAAAGUCCAGUAGACAUGAUCGGUGUCUCCGGGGGCGUGGUCUCCUUCGUGUGCCAAGCAACAGGAGACCCCAAGCCAAGAGUGACGUGGAACAAAAAAGGAAAGCGAGUCAACUCCCAGCGCAUCGAGACCAUAGAGUUUGACGAAGGUGCAGGAGCUGUCCUCCGCAUCCAGCCACUGCGGGCUCCUCGGGACGAGAACAUCUACGAGUGCGUGGCAGAGAACAUCGAGGGCGAGGUCAGCGUCCAGGCCAAGCUGACCAUCAUCAGAGAGGACCUUCUCCCUCCGGGAUUCCCCAACAUCGACAUGGGCCCUCAGCUCAAGGUGGUGGAGCGCACACGCACGGCCAACAUGCUCUGUGCCGCCAGCGGAAACCCCGACCCGGAGAUCACCUGGUUCAAAGACUUCCUGCCGAUUGAUCCCAACACAAGCAACGGGCGGAUCAAGCAGCUCAGAUCAGAAGCCUUUGUGGGUACCCCCAUCCGAGGUGCCCUGCAGAUAGAGAACACAGAGGAAACCGAUCAGGGGAAGUAUGAGUGUGUGGCGUCUAACGUGGAAGGCGUUCGCUACUCCUCCCCCGCCAACCUGUAUGUACGAGAGCUUCGAGAAGUGCGGCGCGUCCCACCUCGCUUCUCCAUCCUGCCCACCAGCCACGAGAUCAUGCCCGGGGGCAGCGUGAACAUAACGUGCGUGGCCGUGGGCUCCCCCAUGCCCUACGUCAAGUGGAUGCUCAACUCGGAGGACCUGACGCCCGAGGACGACAUGCCGGUGGGCCGCAACGUCCUGGAGCUGAACGGCGUGCGCGAGUCGGCCAACUACACCUGUGUGGCCAUGAGCAGCCUGGGCAUCAUCGAGGCCGUGUCGCAGAUCAUCGUCAAGUCUCUGCCUAAGCCUCCAGGUACGCCGCUGGUUACCGAGACGACGGCGACCAGCAUCACAAUCACCUGGGACAGCGGCAACCCCGAGCCCGUCUCGCACUACAUCAUCCAAUACCGGGCCAAGACGCCUGAGAGCAAGUUUGAAACCAUGGACUCCAUCACCACCACCCGCUACAGCAUCGGGGGCCUGUCCCCCAACACCGAGUACGAGAUCCGUGUCUCUGCCUUCAACACCAUCGGCCAGGGGCCGGCCAGCGAGCCGGUGGAGGCCAGGACAGGAGAGCAGGCUCCUGCCAGUCCACCCAGGAACAUCCAGGCACGCAUCAUCUCACAGAGCACCAUGAUGGUGAGGUGGGAGGAGCCCGAGGAGCCUAACGGCCAAAUCAAGGGUUACCGGGUCUACUACACCAUGGACCCCUCCCAACCAAUGAGCAAGUGGCAGAUCCACAACGUCCAGGACAGCGUGAUCACCACCAUCCAGAACCUGGUGGCCUCGGAGACCUACACCAUACGCGUGCUGGCCUUCACGUCGGUAGGGGACGGCCCGUUCUCUGACCCCAUCCAUGUCAAGGUGCUACAGGGAGUGCCCGGGCAGCCGUCCAGGUUCCAGGCGGGCGAGGUGAUGGACACCAGCAUCCAGCUGACCUGGGAGCCGGCGUUCGAGAAGGAGGGAAUCAUCCGCUAUGAGCUGCGCUACAGAGAAAGUGCUCCAGGGAGCCAGCAGGUGACCAGAUCGUUUGGUCCGACUUCCUCCUACGUGGUGGAAGGCCUGCACGCGAACACCGAGUACCACUUCUCGCUGGCCGCCGUCUCCAACAAAGGCCUGGGGGCUUUCACCAAUGAGAUCUCUCAGAAGACGUCCCAAGCCAAGCCCUCCGCCCCUCCUCAGGAGAUUACAUGCUCCAGCCCCAGCUCCACCUCCCUGCUGGUAAGUUGGCGCCCCCCGCCGGCGGAGAGCCAAAACGGGGUGCUGGCCGGGUACAGAGUGCGCCACGUGGCGGUGGGGGGCGGAGCCGACCCCGGAGCCGAACCCGCCGAGGAGCUCCAGCUCCCACCCGCCUCCGGUCAGAUUACGCUGCGGGGGCUCGAGAAGUGGACGCUGUACCGCGUCACCGUGGCAGCCGCCACCUUCGUCGGGCCCGGUCCCGAGAGCCCGCCCGUCCUAUGCCGGACCGAUGAGGACGUUCCUGGCGCGCCGCCGCGGCGGGUGGAGGUGGAGGUGAUCAACUCCACGGCCCUGCGGGUGAUGUGGCGCUCGCUGCUUCCCGGGCGCCAGCAUGGGCAAAUCCGCGGCUACCAGGUGCACUACGUGCGCGUGGAAAACGGCGAGGCACGUGGCCUGCCCCUCAUCAAGGACGUCAUGCUGGCCGACGCCCAGUGGGAAACGGACGACACAGCUGAAUACGAGAUGGUCAUCGGAGGACUGUGGCCAGACACCACCUACUCGGUUACCGUGGCGGCAUACACCACCAAGGGCGACGGCGCGCGCAGCAAACCCAAGCUGGUGGCCACCAAGGGAGCAGUUCCAGGCCCUCCCUCUCUCUGGGUCCUGCAGGAUUCCGACAGCUCGGCCAUGGUGCGCUGGCAACCCCCGGCCUCCCCGGAGCCCUCGGCCCUGGGCUCCGAGCUGCUGGGCUUCCGCCUGCAGUUCGGCCGCGAGGACACGCUGCCGCUGGCCACGCUGGAGUUCUCAGCACAUGAGCAUGAGUACACCGUGAGCAGCCUGCACCGCGGCGCUACCUACCUGUUCCGGGUCUCGGCCAAGUCGCGCGGGGGCUUCGGGCCCGAGGCCACCCGGCAGCUGCGCGUGCCCGAGGGGGCGCCCGGCGGUUACCCUCAGCUCACCCCCACGCCCAACAUCACCUGCUGCUCCAUGCACCUCUCCUGGCUGCCCCCCCUGCUGGCUGAGCGCAACGGCGCCAUCACGGAGUACACGCUGGCCUACCAGGAGGCGGGCAGCACCGGUGGGCCACUGGAGAUCCGCCUACCCGCCGCACAGCUCAGCUACGGCCUCACCGGCCUCAAGCCCGACUCCGCCUACGUCAUACGCAUCCGCGCGCACACCAGCGUAGGUCCCGGGCCCUUCAGCCCGCCUGUCCAGUAUCGCACGGUCGCCAUGGAGACAGAUGUACCUAAAAACUUCACAGUGAAGCUGGUCACCAAGACAACCGUGCUGCUGGCGUGGAAGUUUUCCGACAGCCGUUUCCCGUACCGCUGCAUGAUCGAGUACAACCGGCAGAAAGUGGACGUGGACGCCCGCACCACCCGGGCUCUCAUCACCAACCUGCGCGCCAACAGCACCUACGAGUUCCGCAUCAGUUGCCAGGAGAACAGCGACGGUGUCCCCCGCCACCGGCUGCUGGCGCGCACCGCCCCGCCCAUCCCGCUCGGCCGGCCGGAGCCGGACCGCAGGAGAGAGCCGGACGACAUGCCGGUGUUCAACCUGCCUCCCCUCGAGGCCCGGGACAUGAUCAGGGCAAUCUAUGUGGUGGUGGUCCCACAGAAGAAGGCCAGAGGACCGAGGCACAUGAAGAGCCCAGACGAGAUGGACCUAGAAGAGCUUCUGAGGGACGGAGACGGUAGGUCACGGCAUGUGCGGGCAGCGCAGCAGCUCCAGCAGGUGGACGCGAGGAAGCCGUACAUCGCGGCCAGCUUCAGGCCGGCCGCCGUGCCGCCGACCUUCACGCUGGGCAACAAGAUGGUCUACAACGGCUACGAGAACCGAGCGCUGGAGCCCCGCCAGGACUACGCUGUCUUCAUCCUGGCCGAGCUCAACUCCACCGGCGUGAGGACUUUUGUGUCCAGCCCCUACACGGAGAUCCUCACGGUCCCAGACGUGGACCCCCAGCCCACGGAAACGGGCGGGGACGGCCUCAUCUGGGUGGUGGGUCCUGUUCUGGCCGUGGUCUUCAUAAUCUGCAUAGUCAUCGCCAUUCUGCUGUAUAAAAACAAACCUGACAGCAGCAAAAGGAAGGAGUCAGAACCGCGCACAAAAUGUCUGCUCAACAACGCCGAGAUCAUGCCACACCACCCCACCGACCCCGUGGAGAUGAGACGCAUCAACUUCCAAACGCCAGAUUCUGAUCUGAACAGCCCUCUGACUGAAGCCUCUUUUGACUCUGAAAGUAUGAUGAAUCACCCCCCCAUCCCCAUCACAGAACUGGCUGAGCAUACAGAUCUCCUCAAGGCCAACGACAACCUGAAGCUGUCACAGGAGUACGAGUCCGUCGACCCGGGCCAGCAGUUCACCUGGGAGCACUCCAACCUGGAGGUCAACAAGCCGAAGAACCGCUACGCCAACGUCAUCGCCUACGACCACUCCCGCGUGGUCCUGGCGCCCAUCGACGGCAUCGCGGGCAGCGACUACAUCAACGCAAACUACAUCGACGGCUACCGGAAGCAGAACGCCUACAUCGCCACACAGGGCCCACUGCCUGAGACGUUUGGGGAUUUCUGGCGGAUGGUGUGGGAGCAGAGAGCAGCUACUGUGGUCAUGAUGACGCGAUUAGAGGAGAAAUCCCGGAUCAAGUGUGACCAGUACUGGCCCAGUCGGGCCACAGAGACGUAUGGCAUGACCCAGGUGACCCUGCUGGACACCAUCGAGCUGGCCACCUUCUGUGUGCGGACCUUCUCCUUGCAUAAGAAUGGUUCUAGUGAAAAACGGGAGGUGCGUCAGUUCCAGUUCACGGCAUGGCCGGACCACGGCGUGCCCGAGUACCCCACCCCGUUCCUGGCCUUCCUGAGGAGGGUGAAGACCUGUAACCCGCCCGACGCUGGUCCCAUCAUCGCCCACUGCAGUGCCGGCGUGGGCCGGACCGGCUGCUUCAUCGUGAUCGACGCCAUGCUGGAGCGGAUCAAACACGAGAAAACGGUGGACGUCUACGGUCACGUGACGCUGAUGCGCGCGCAGAGGAACUACAUGGUCCAGACAGAGGACCAGUACGGCUUCAUCCACGACGCCCUGCUGGAGGCGGUUGCCUGCGGCAACACGGAGGUGGCCGCACGCAGCCUCUUCUCCUACAUCCAGCGGCUGGCGCAGGUGGAGGCCGGCGAGCACGUGACCGGCAUGGAGCUGGAGUUCAAGCGCCUGGCCAACUCCAAGGCCCACACAUCUCGCUUUAUCAGUGCCAACCUUCCCUGCAACAAGUUCAAGAACCGCCUGGUCAACAUCAUGCCCUACGAGACCACCCGCGUGUGCCUGCAGCCAAUCAGAGGGCUGGAGGGCUCCGACUACAUCAACGCCAGCUUCAUCGAUGGCUACAGGCAACAGAAGGCCUACAUCGCCACCCAGGGCCCGUUAGCCGAGACCACGGAGGACUUCUGGCGCAUGCUGUGGGAGAACAACUCCACCAUCGUGGUGAUGCUCACCAAGCUGAGAGAGAUGGGCAGGGAAAAGUGCCAUCAGUACUGGCCAGCAGAGCGUUCUGCCCGCUACCAGUACUUUGUGGUGGACCCAAUGGCUGAGUACAACAUGCCCCAGUACAUCCUCAGAGAGUUUAAAGUUACAGAUGCAAGGGAUGGGCAGUCCAGAACAGUCAGGCAGUUCCAGUUCACUGACUGGCCAGAGCAGGGCGUGCCCAAGUCUGGUGAAGGCUUCAUUGACUUCAUCGGGCAGGUUCAUAAAACCAAGGAGCAGUUUGGCCAGGACGGCCCCAUCUCUGUCCACUGCAGUGCCGGCGUGGGGCGGACCGGGGUCUUCAUCACGCUCAGCAUCGUGCUGGAGCGCAUGCGCUACGAGGGCGUGGUGGACAUAUUCCAAACGGUCAAAAUGCUGAGAACCCAGCGGCCCGCCAUGGUGCAGACCGAGGAUGAGUACCAGUUCUGUUACCAGGCAGCGCUGGAAUACCUAGGAAGCUUUGAUCACUAUGCAACGUAAAAAGCCAUCUUCCUCCCCCCUGCCCAUCGCCUCCCCACAGAGCCUUCCGAGCCAUACAAACUUGCUUGAAACAAUUGAUUAAAAGAAAAAAAGAUCCAAGGGGAGGAUAAAAAAAGAAAGUCAAACGAGUUCUCUCUCUGUGAAAUUAGAUUAAAAGGGACGGUUCACGAGGACAGUGGACUGUGGAGCCGCCAUCAAAAAGUUCAGUCCCAAUUGGCCCUCGUGCAGCAGACCUAAGGAUCCCAAACAAACUCUCUGUAUGUCCUUACUCGUGAGACGGAACCAAACAUACUGGGUCGGGCUGCGGGGUGAGAAUGAUCUAUGUGUCGGACCGCUAACCUUCCUCGAGUGUUCUGAUGUGGAGGAUGUUAUUAAUCUCUGUGUGAACAUAUAUUUCCCAACCAAUCCUGUAAAAGACACGACGAAAAACAAACACCGCGAGUGAAGGAACAGUUACCUGGAACAGCUAGCAGGUCAACUGUCAGAAGCUUCGAUCGUCCUGUGUUUACAAUUCUGGUUCGCCACUUCAAGAAAUGUCCCGUUGCUUGUAGUGAGGAAGUGUUUGAAGGCGGCGUCCUCGCGCCAGUGGCUGCUUCGAUGGAGGGGCUCUCAGAAGCAGAAGGAAAGAAGCUUCAGGGACUGCAGCACCAGAUCUGUUGGGUUUGUUACUACUCCUUAACCAUAGCAUACUCCACAGCUCCCUCCUCCAUAUCCGCGUCUAGCUGAAAUUGUAAACCACUCUCCAAGAGGCAGGUGUCGCCGCCGGUGACGAAAGCAACCGUGCGAUGGACACUGGAGAACGGGGGACGUGAGCAAAGACGCCGUCGGCCGCAGAGACGCCCGUCUGAUCCCCCGCCGCGCCCGUUUGUCCGGCUUCGCGAAGCACGAGCUGACCUCUUCCGGUGCUUUUUGACAACGAGCUAGCGAAGUGUCCAUGAGUGAGACUUGGGGAGGAGGAGCCAGGAGCUUGCCCCCCCUCCCCCCUCCCCCAGGGCAGGGGGCAUCUUCGAUAUCAGUGUGGACCAAAGGAACCUUCUCCGUGCCCCGCUGCGUGUGUUUUCCCGGGAUCCUAGCAUUGAUUACCGUUUGGCUGUUUGUUACCACUCCUGGGUGCUGUGGGGUUUGUGACGCACUGUC